UCACUUGUCUUCUGAAGGCUCUACAUCUAGCCAACGAUUCUCAUGUUUGGCUUAGUAGUGGUAAAAUUGCAAUGAUAACACUUUUCCUUUCACUAAUCAGGGUAAUUUCCAAAACAAGGAAGCGAAUAACCGAAACUUCAUGCACAAGCUUUUGGCUUUGCGAGUUUGAUUGAAUCACUUUCAGCUCUUCCUUUUGGCUAUAAAGAAGCUACCACCAAAAGCCUUACAUACUGUAGAAAAGACCAAUAGCCUUCCAUGUUGUAGAAAAGGAGCCAGACAAUGAGCGGAAGCAAAUUUCUCUUGUCCACUGGAAGAAGAUUAGAAGGGAAGGUGGCAUUAAUCACUGGCGGUGCCACCGGUAUCGGCAAGACCACAGCCAUACUCUUCGCGCAACAUGGGGCCAAAGUCGUUAUCGCUGACAUCCAAGACGACUUAGGUGAUUCAGUGUGCAAAGACAUAGGGUCCGACACCGCCUUAUACAUUCAUUGCGACAUCACCAUUGAAAAAAAUGUCAUAGACGCCGUCGACCGUACCAUCUCUAAGUUCGGGAAGCUUGACAUCAUGUUCAACAAUGCUGGCAUCUUAGACCCAUGGAAGGCGAAGAUUACAGACAAUGAGCUGGCUGACUUCGAUAAGGUCCUUGCCGUCAACAUCACGGGGGCUUUCUUGGGCACCAAGCAUGCUGCUCGUGUCAUGGUCCCAGCCAAACGAGGUAGCAUCAUCAACAACGGGAGUGUGGCGACGGUCAUUGGUGGUGUUGCAUCACAUGCAUACGUGGCAUCAAAGCAUGCUCUUGUAGGGCUCACAAAAAGUACAGCUGCGGAGUUAGGGCAGUUCGGGGUUAGGGUGAAUUGCAUAUCGCCUUUCCUAGUCGCCUCAUCUUUGGUGAAGUCCUACGUUAACAAAGACAAGGAGGAGUUGGAAAAUUGGAUAAGCGGCUUCUUUAACCUCCAUGGCUCGGUGUUAACAGCGGAGGACAUCGCAUUAGCCGCUGUCUACUUCGGGAGUGACGAGUCUGGAUACGUGAGUGGACAAAACUUGGUGAUUGAUGGUGGUUUCAGCUCUGUUAAAACAGAUUUUGGACUAUUCAAUCAGCACCCUUGAAGUUUGGUGAUAAAUCGGCCAGGCCACUUGAUUUAAACAUUUCAAAGAUAGGAUCACCGUCCCUUUGUAUUGGCCUGGAGAUGUUUCUCCAAAUAAAACACUGGAAUAAACAGUAUUUGUAAUGAAAUUGUUCUUGUUUGAGUACUA